AUGGACACGACUUUUACAGCUUUUCGAGCAAUGUUCUACUUACUUUUACCAUCUGAAACAUAUUAUGAACAACUUGUAGAUGUUCCAGAUUAUGUUGUCAAAGUUAUUCAACUUUUCUUUGUUUUACAAGCAUUAGAGCUCGUUACUUCUAUUUAUCGAGGAAAGAAAUUACCACGUUUUAAUGACGUAUUCAGUUCAGUGGCAGCUGGUAUUAUUUCACGUAUACCGCGACUAUUUUUUCGAUCAAUUGAAUUGUCAACAUAUAUAUGGGUAUAUGAAAACGUUCGUAUUUUUCCACGAUUGCCAUGGAAUUCACCAAUAACAUAUUGGGUUACAUUUCUCGGAGUAGAUCUUGGAUAUUAUUGGCUUCAUCGUAUGGCACAUGAGGUCAAUCUUUUUUGGGCUUCCCAUCAAGCACAUCAUUCAUCGGAAGAUUAUAAUUUAUCAACAGCACUUCGACAAGGUGUUAUGCAAGCGUAUGCUUCAUGGAUGUUUUAUUUGCCACUCGCUUUAUUUGUUCCACCUCCAAUAUUUUUAAUUCAUACACAAAUGAAUUUAUUGUAUCAAUUUUGGAUUCAUACUGAAGCCAUAUCAAAUCUUGGCCCAUUUGAAUAUAUACUAAAUACACCAAGUCAUCAUCGUGUUCAUCAUGGAAGAAAUCCAUAUUGUAUUGAUAAAAAUUAUGCUGGAGUUUUUAUUAUAUGGGAUCGUUUAUUUGGUACAUUUGCUGCUGAACGUAAAGAUGAGCAAAUAGCUUAUGGUCUUAUACAUCCAAUAAAAACAUUUGAUCCAUUAGAAACACAAUUUGUCCAUCUAAAAUAUAUGUUUAAACAAUUUUUACAACGUCAAGGAUGGCAAAAUAAAUUAUCUGUUAUUUGGAAAGGUCCAGGAUGGGCACCAGGUUUACCUCGAUUAGGUAGUGAUAAGUUCCCAGAAGUAAAACAUCCUAUUCGUGUUUAUCAUCCAAAUGUAUCAACAGCAUUAUCAUUAUAUACGUUUAUACAUUUUGCAUAUGUUUUAAUACAAUAUAGUGCAGUACUUAAAUAUUCAAAAAAUUAUUCAGUUGUAGCAUUAUUGCUUUAUUCAAUUAUUUUAAUUUAUACUUUACAAACAUUUGGUGCUAUUUUUGAUCAAAAGAAAAAUGCACUUCAUUAUGAACGAUUUCGACUUAUUUUAAUGUUACUUCUACCCAGAUUAACUUUAAUCAAAUCACUUUUUCUUCUUCAAACACAUCUAAUCAUUCAAAUAGCCAUUGUUUUAUCCAUUUUUGCUACAUUUUUCGUUCCACAGGUUUCUACUUUGACAAAGAAUGUUCCUCUAAAAAAAGAAUAA